CUGUGCUGCCUCUGUUGCAUGUCUCAUGCAGCAACUUUAACCAGUGACAGCAUCAGUGAAUUGAAUCAUGAUUAUGUAUUUGUGACACCUGUCAAAGUGGAUUCCAGUGGAUCGUACAUUUCACAUGAUGUUUUGCACAGUACUAGGAGAAAGAGAUCAACUCAGAGUUCGAAGAGUUCCUUGCACUACAAAUUUUCAGCAUUUGGACAGGAACUUCACUUAGAACUUAAACCUUCGACCAUUUUAAGCAAUAGUUUUAUUGUCCAGGUGCUCGGGAAAGAUGGAGUCUCAAAUUCUCAGGAACAUGAUAUUGACCAGUGUUUCUACCAGGGAUUUAUAAGGAAUGAUAGCACCUCUUCAGUAGCAAUAUCUACAUGUGUAGGCUUGUCAGGUUUGAUAAGGACACAGAAGAUCGAGUUCCUUAUAUCUCCAUUACCUCAGCAGCUAGCACAGGAGCACAACUACACAUCACCUGCUGGACACCAUCCUCACGUAUUAUAUAAACGAACUGCAGAAGAGAAGGUGCACCGGUACACAGUAGAGUCCAAUCCCAAAUACUUCUCUUUUGGUCAUCACAGAAUUCACACUUCCCACAAGUAUCAUGCUCAAGCGAAUGGUUACCACCAUGGAAGGUUUCAAAAGCAACAUUUUUGUGGACGUCGCAAGAAAUAUGCACCUCAGCCACCUACAGAAGAGACAUACAUUCGCUCAGAUGAAUAUGGGACUUCUGCAAGGUUCAAAAGAUCAUCUGCUAAAAUUCAGAAGAACGGAAGUCUAAAUGUUGAAACCCUUGUUGUGGCAGAUAAAAAAAUGUUGGAGAAACAUGGCAAGGAAAAUGUAACAACUUACAUCUUAACAGUUAUGAAUAUGGUGUCUAGUCUGUUUAAAGAUGGAACAAUUGGAAGUGAUAUAAACAUUAUCGUUGUGAGUCUUCUUCUUUUGGAACAAGAGCCUGGUGGAUUACUGAUUAACCACCAUGCAGACCAGUCACUGAACAGCUUUUGUCAAUGGCAAUCUGCUCUGGUUGGGAAGAACGGAAAGCGCCAUGACCAUGCCAUCUUGCUCACGGGUUUUGAUAUCUGCUCUUGGAAAAACGAGCCCUGCGAUACUUUAGGGUUUGCACCUAUCAGUGGCAUGUGCAGCAAAUACCGUAGUUGCACCAUUAAUGAAGAUACAGGCCUUGGACUGGCUUUUACCAUUGCUCAUGAAUCUGGACACAACUUUGGUAUGAUUCAUGAUGGAGAAGGAAAUCCUUGCAGAAAAGCUGAGGGUAAUAUUAUGUCUCCCACACUCACAGGAAACAAUGGAGUGUUUUCUUGGUCUGUAUGCAGCAGGCAGUAUCUCAACAAAUUUCUCAGUACAGCUCAAGCUGCCUGCCUGAUUGAUGAACCUAAGCAAACAGGACAGUAUAAAUACCCUGACAAACUGCCAGGGCAGAUCUACGAUGCUGAUACGCAGUGCAAAUGGCAAUUUGGAAUGAAAGCAAAACUGUGCAACCUCAGCUUUGUAAAGGAUAUAUGCAAAUCUCUCUGGUGUCACAAAGUGGGUCAUAGGUGUGAGACAAAGUUCAUGCCAGCAGCAGAAGGAACAGCUUGUGGUACAAGUAUGUGGUGUCGAAGAGGACAGUGUGUCAAAUACGGUGAUCAUGGACCCAAGCCUGUAAAUGGCCAAUGGUCUGCUUGGUCUGAGUGGUCAGAGUGUACUCGCACUUGUGGAGGUGGGGUCACAUAUCAAGAAAGACACUGCAAUAAUCCAAAGCCACAGUAUGGCGGCAAAUUCUGCCAAGGUUCCAGUCGUAUUUAUCAACUUUGUAAUAAUCAGCCAUGUCCCGCAAACAGCGUGGACUUCCGUGCCCAGCAGUGUGCGGAAUACAACAGCAAACCUUUCCGGGGGUGGUACUACAAGUGGAAGCCUUAUACUAAAGUGGAAGAGGAAGAUAGAUGUAAAUUGUACUGCACAGCUGAAGACUUUGACUUUUUCUUUGCCAUGUCCAGCAAAGUGAAGGAUGGAACCCUGUGUUCUCCAAAUAAAUAUGAUGUUUGCAUUGAUGGAAUAUGUGAACAAGUAGGGUGUGAUCAUGGACUUGGUUCCAAAGCUGUACUGGAUGCUUGUGGAAUUUGUAAAGGAGAUAAUUCAACGUGCAAGUUCUUUAAAGGCCAAUACUUGAUCCAGCACAAAGCUAAUGACUACUAUGCUGUGGUCACUAUUCCAGCAGGAGCACGCAGUAUACAGCUCCAAGAAAUGCAAAUCUCCACCAGCUACCUUGCAGUGCGCAACCUCAGUAAAAAGUAUUAUCUGACAGGAGACUGGACGAUUGACUGGCCGGGAAAGUUCUCUUUUGCUGGAACAGUUUUUGAUUAUCAACGCUCUUUUAACCAUCCAGAGAGUCUAUAUGCAGCAGGACCAACUAAUGAGACGCUGGUCUUUGAAAUCCUGUUACAAGGCAAAAAUCCUGGGAUUGCUUGGGAAUAUACGUUUUCCAAAACCAACAAUGAAAGCAAGACAUCUGUCAAAAAACGUAGCUACUCCUGGGUGACGGUGCAGUCAGAGUGCUCAGCUACAUGUGGUGGUGGACACAUUACAGCAAAAUCAAUUUGUUUAGAAGAUCAUCGUACACAAGUUAAUUCCUCCUUUUGUGGCCCAAGCACGAAGCCUUUAACUGAAACAAAGCUGUGCAAUGCUAAUCCCUGCCCAGCGUACUGGUCAACAGGCGAAUGGAGCGCAUGCAGCAAAUCCUGUGGAGGAGGGCAACAAAGUCGUCUCAUUCAGUGUGUCCAGAAAAGGGCUUUCCAAAAGGAGGAGGCAGUGGCCCAUUCCCUGUGCCCUGUCAGCACCCCUACACAGCUGCAGAUGUGCAAUAGUCAGGACUGCCCACCUGAAUGGAGCCCUGGCCUCUGGUCUCAGUGCUCCAAGACUUGUGGGAGAGGUGUUAAGAAACGGGAUGUCUACUGCAAAAGUACCAGUUCUCCCAAGGUCGAAAUCUUGCCUGAAAGCAUGUGCAGCAGAGACCAUAAACCUGAAUCCCAGCAGACCUGUGUGCUAGGACGCUGCCCCAAAAAUGAUCGGCUCCAGUGGGUGAUUUCUUCCUGGAGUGAGUGCUCAGCUUCUUGUGGCCCAGGCGUACAAAAGCGAGAACUAAAAUGUGGCGAGAAAAGCAUCCAUGGGAAAUUGCUCACCUUUCCUCAGAGAAGAUGUAGAAACAUCAAGAAACCGAACACCAACCUGGAAGAAGCUUGUUACAAGGGAGCCUGUCCAUCGCAAACGUUGUAUAACAUGGUGUCUGGCUGGUAUUCCUCACCCUGGCAGCAGUGUACAGUAACAUGUGGAGGGGGAGUACAAACCCGGAGCGUGCAGUGCCUGCGCCAAGGAAGACCAGCUUCUGGAUGCUUGCCCCAUCAGAAACCAGCAGUCCUGAGAGCCUGCAAUACUAACUUCUGCCCAGUCCCUGUGAAAAGAGAUGAUCCUUCUUGUGUGGAUUUCUUCACUUGGUGUCAUCUGGUACCACAGCAUGGUGUCUGUAACCACAAAUUUUACGGCAAGCAGUGUUGUAAAUCAUGCACGAAGAAGAACUGAUAGCAGCGUGUUAUCUGAACCCUUCAGUGACAGGAUUCUCUUCUUCAAUUUAUGUUGGAAUUAACUUUGCUUUGAGGCAAGACAUGGUGCCACAUAAACCACUGAUGGAAGAGACUUUUUUUCUAAGGGAAUGUCUGAGGUACAGUAAUUGUUGGAUAUAUGUUGAAAAAGGAAUGUUUCUUGGUUUUAUUUGCUGACCUCACUAAAGUACAGGGUACUACAGAUCACUUGAACACUGAGACUUGAGGGGCAGUUCUUCUUUCUUUAAAAGUGUCAUUUUGCACUGUCAUAUGUUAUGAGGAAGAAAUUAAGGCAAGGAGGCCUUUUCUGGCUAAUUUACCAGAAUGCAAAGCAAAGGAGGUUGGGAACGCAAGGAGGAAGGUUACAGCGUGGCAGCAUG